AUGAAUAGGUACAACAUUGAAGGAAAACAUCCUCUUAUAGAAGAUCAACGAUCAAACAAGAGAAGAGGUAAAGAAGAUAAUAAAAAAUGGGGAGAAUUAGUUCCAUUAAAUGAUAACUGUAAAUAUCCACCUGUAGAGUUAAAUAGUAAGGUAUAUUCAUUUUCAAAGAGUAGUGGGUUAACGGUUGGGGUUGAGUGUAAUUUUUUAUAUGAUGAGGACAGAAAAAAAGGAUAUUUAGAAGUAGUAUCACAACUUGGAUGUGUGUAUGUUAACCAGAAACCAAUCAGAAAAGGAAGAGAUAGAGAAAAAGUUAUUUUAGAAGAUGGAAAUGAAAUAGGCUUUUAUUUUAGUGAAACUUAUUUAUUUAAAUUUCAUUAUUGUGAUGGUACAACAAUAUUACAUCCAAUGAGAGAAGACGUUUUAGCAGAACAACCUAGACAAAUAAAUAAACGGUUUCAAACUAAGACUAUUAGACCAAUUCAAACACCAAGUAUUGCUGAACUUUCAGAACGUCUUAUAUAUAAACCAAAUCAAACACAAACUAAUCAAACAGAACAAAUUUGGCAAUUUAUUCCAGAAAAUAUCCAACAACAACUUCGUUCUGAAUUUGCGUUUUGUCUUUCUUCUACACCAGAAGAAGCAAUUUAUUCUCGUAUUCCAUCAUUAAGUAGAACCUUACUAUUAACAACACCAAAUGGUACUGAGUUAUUUGUUAGUAGGUUAUUAAAAAGAAUAGCAAAUGAAAUGAAUGUUCCUCUUUUAGAAAUUGAUUGUACAUUGCUUGGAGCAGUAGACGGUGUUGAACAAGAGUGUAUAAAGAAUUUCCAAUAUGGUGAUCGUGUUAAGUAUAUUGGAAAAGGAAAAUAUUCCAACGAAGAACAAUUAGGUAAGAUUGGGACUGUAUUAUUUGUUGCAAAUGGUAAAGUUGCUGUAAACUUUGAAAAUACACCAAACGGACAUAGUGGAGCCUUUGUAGAAAUUGAUAUGUUAGGUGGAGUAGAUGAAGAAGUACCUAACCAAGACAGAAGAUUAAUAGGGAGAUUACCUGAAAUAUUAAAAACAUAUCCUCAAUUAAUUGUUGUAUUACAAAAAGUAGAUGUUAUCAUGCAAUUAAAAAAUGAUGUUUCCACAGAAAUUAGAACAUUUAUUAAUGAUUUUAAAAAACGUAAUGAAGGUAUUCUUGUUGGAUGUAAUGCUAAUGCACCACCUCCUAAAUCAUCUCAUUCAAAACAAAUUGCACAAGUAGAUCAAGGUAUUUGUAUGUUUAGUGAGAAGGAAAUUAAGAUGGUAGACGCAUAUGGAAUUAAAGGUCAACAACAUGGAAGAAGUAUUUUUAAAACUUUACAGAAGAUGUUUGGUAAUUCAAUUACUAUUCAAACCCCAACUGGAGAAGAAGCUCGUUCAUGGUGGAUUAUGAUGCAAGAAGAUUCUAAACAAAUGUCUGCUUCUAUUUCUAAACGGUCAAUCAAAAAUGAGUUAUUAAAACAUGGACUUGAAAUGGAAAAAAUUGAUGACUCAGAAUUACAACUAGAUUUAAAAGAGGAAGAUGUUGAAAAGAUUGUAGGUUGGGCAUUUGUUCAUGAAAUAGAAAAGAGACCAGAUAAAAAUAUUCGAACAAUUUCUAAAGAAUCUAUUAUGAGUGCUAUUGCUAUGCAAAUGCAAUUAAAUCCAGUAAAAGAUGUUGUUGACACAUUAGAAGCAGAAAACGAAUUUGAAAAGAAAUUAAUGAAUGAUGUUAUUCGUGCAGGUGAUGUUGAUGUUUCUUUUGAUGACAUUGGGGCAUUAGAAAAAGUUAAAGAAACUUUGUAUGAAUCUAUUACAUUACCAUUAUUAAGACCAGAACUCUUUAAGAAAGGAUCUCUUACUAAACGUAGUAAAGGAAUUCUUUUCUUUGGUCCACCAGGGACUGGUAAAACUAUGUUGGCCAAAGCUGUUGCUAAAGAGAGUAAAGCUAAUUUUAUUAACGCAUCACUAUCAUCACUCGAAUCAAAAUGGUUUGGAGAAGCUGAAAAAUUUGUUAAAGCAUUAUUUUCAUUGGCAGCCAAAUUAUCCCCAUGUGUCAUUUUUAUUGAUGAGGUUGAUGCAUUAUUAGGUAAAAGAACCUCACAGAAUGAAAACGAAACAUUGAGAAAGAUGAAAAAUGAAUUUAUGACAUUAUGGGAUGGUCUAAAAUCACAAAACCUUGAACAGAUUAUUGUACUUGGAGCAACAAAUAGGCCAUUUGAUUUGGAUGAUGCUAUCUUAAGAAGAUUCAGUAGAAGAAUUCUCGUUGAUCUUCCAACAAAAGAAGACCGUGAAAAUAUAUUAAAGAUUAUAUUAAAAGGAGAGAAAACAGAUUGUGAUAUUAGUAAAAUAGCUGAAAAAACACCAGGAUAUUCUGGUUGUGAUUUGUUUAAUUUAUGUUGUGCUGCUGCUAUGAGACCAAUUCGAGAUUAUAUUGCAAAGGAAAAUAAAGAAAAAGAACGAAUAGAACAAUUAAAGAAAGAACAAAAAGAAAUGGAGUCUAAAGGAAUAAAACCUUCUCCAUUUAUCAAAGUGGAAGAAUUUGUUAAUCCAACUAUAGAAAUCGCUAAAGAACAAAUCCGUGCUGUAAAUGAUAAUGACUUCUUUGAAGUACUUAGUACAAUGAACCCUAGUACUAACAAAGACUCACCAUUUUUGACUGAAAUUAGAAAUUGGAAUGAACAGUUUGGUGAAAAUAAACAAGGCAAUAAUGAGAUUGUUUCAUAUUUCAUUUAA